AUGCAGUUUUGUCGCUUCUUCGUCUGGGCAAGCGCUUCCAUGUCGGUGCUCGCCAGCACACAACUGCCAAAGAUAGACCUUGCUGUGCUGGGGCCCCUAUACCAACCUGCAUCAAAUGCAUCAUACAAAGCGUUUACUAAUGCCAAAGCUCAAGCUCUUGCAGCACUCAAUGAGGCACUGGCAAAUGGUGCUAAUAUGUAUGGUUCCUUAGACAACCAGACGACAUCCUUCUCUGUAUUGGUGUUCGACUUAACUAGUGACGAGCCUUUAUUCGAUUUCCACUUCGAGGCACCAGGGCUGGAUGGGUCGCUCACCAAGGGUAAUUUAAGUGAUGAGACGAUUUAUCGAACAGGCAGUGUCGGGAAACUUCUCACUAUGUACACAUGGAUGGUCGAUAUCGGGGACUCAGUUUUCACAGAUCCUAUCACUAAAUACAUUCCUGAACUUGCUCAAGCUGCCACUAAAUCCAGCAAUUCGCUCUUCUACACUAAUUGGAGUGAGGUCACUAUUGGCAGCCUUGCCUCCCAAAUGUCCGGAAUUGGUGUCAACUGUAAGCCUCCUGUUUUGGGUUCCAUUUUUGACGAUGUUGACAAAAGUUUCACAGUUCACGUUGGCGAUCUUGCCACUCCAUAUAUCACCGGGAUACCCCCGCCAGAAGUGAUUCCUGGGGCUAUCAGCCUUGGGUACCCUCCUGUUGAUAAUGACACCAUUACCCAAUGCAGCUUCUACAGCUACUAUCUUCCCACUUGUACACGAAAGCAACUUCUCAAUGGCAUCAUCCACCAUCCACCAUUGUACCCAUCUUAUAGCUCUCCCGUCUAUUCCAAUGUUGCAUACCAGAUCCUCGCCCUUGCAUACGAAGAAGUUACAGGACACUCCAUUAACGAAGGUCAAGUCAAAAUCUAUAAAAAACUGGGCAUGACAUCAACAAGUCCAACAGCCCCUGGAAGUAACGCAAAUACUAUAAUCCCCUACAAUACCACCUUCUCAGCAUUUGACUAUGAGCUUGGCCUUGCAGGACCCUCUGGGGGCCAGUACACCUCAACCAAGGACUUAGCAACUUUCGGUCGGGCAAUCCUCAAGAGUACUUUAAUGCCAUCUUAUGUUACCCGUCGCUGGCUAAAACCAGUGACCUUCACGUCGCAGCUGUUGAAAUCCGUCGGGGCACCUUGGGAGAUUCAAAGAUACCUUCUUCCAGCAAACACCAUCAUCAAUGCCAGCCAUAUCGUUGACAUGUACUCUAAAUCGGGUGACAUCGGUGCCUACUCGACAUUCUUUGGAGUGGUUCCAGAUUUUGGGGUUGGCCUCAGCGUUCUAGCAGCUGGUGUCAACCCCCAUACUCAGAUUUCGCCUGUGAGAGACACCGUUGUUGAGAUCUUCUACCAAGCAGCAGAAGCUUCUGCUAAGGAACAAGCGAGGAGAGCGUUUACCGGCACUUUCCAAGCCACCAAUAUCAACUCUUCUAUCACGCUGGGCGUGGACGGUGGCCCCGGAGUUGUAAUCCAGGAGUGGAUUAGCAACGGGACCAACUUUCUACAGAAUGCAUACCUGGCCAGCUAUGAUGACUUCCGUCUCUACCCAACAGAACUGAGCGUGGAGGCUGACAGCAUAACUUAUUAUACCUACCAUUUGAACUUUUUAGCGUCAGAUGGCGAGCCAGCAAAAGGAGACUUUUGGUCAUACAACAAUGACUACUGGUUGUUCCUUGACGCUCUUAUCUACAAAAACUUGGCUACGGAUGAUUUCAUUAUCGGUUUCGACAAAGAUGGCAUUGUACAGAGUGUUCAGUCUGCCGCGCUGCGAGUAUCGAUGUCUCGAUCCGAGUAG